AUUCUUUGACGGCUUUGUGUGCUAGACAAUCACUAUACUAUAUUUAUAUCGACCUUUUAACGUAUACGAUUGGCCAAGUUUUAAUUUUUUUUCAAAGUUUUCACAUAUAUUACCCUUCAUAUGGAACGAUGAGAGGAUUACUAUUGUUAAUUUUAAUGACUUUAGUCAUACUUAGUGAUACUACUACAAAGAAAAAGAAAACAGUGAAGCAGACACCCAAACAGUCGAAGAAAUCUAAUAUCGAUAGAGUUUGGAAUGAUAAAAUAGUGGAUUUAACUCAUCCAUUCAAUUAUCAUACGCCGUUAUUCUCUGAAAAGUCAGCCUUUUAUGAAAAGAAGAAGGUAGCUGACUUGAAGGGCGAAGAGAGUAGUAAUGCAUAUAAAUAUUGGGCUGUUGAGACUCACUUCGUUAUUUAUAAUUCGGCGGGAACUCAUAUAGAAUCGCCUCGUCGACUUAAUUCAAACGGUCUUUCAGUUAAGGAUUUAACAUUUGAUCGACUCAUUCUCCCUGCGGUCGUAAUUGACAUUGAAGCCGAAUGCAGGAGGAACAGGAAUUACAGACUCACAGAAACCUAUAUCGCCGAAUGGGAAAAAAAGCAUGGCAUUAUACCUAAGGGUGGUCUUGUUCUUAUAAAAACCGGUUGGUCGAAUUACUGGAAAAAUUCUGAAAAAUAUUACGGAACAAAGGAUAAAAAUAUUAUGAAACUUUCUUGGCCAGGUAUGGAUGCCGAGGCUGCUGCGUGGCUUGUUCAUAAUAGAAAAAUUUACGGCGUGGGAAUCGACGCUCCGUCUGUUGACAGAGGUCAAUCGUCCGUUCUCUUGGCAUUGCGUCAAUUAUAUGAUAAUAAUGUUUACACAUUGAAAAACUUAGCUGAUAUGAGCAAUAUACCAACGCGUGGAGCCACCGUUCAAAUCAUGCCAAUGCUGAUAGAUGGAGCUGCAAGUAGUCCUACAAGAGUUUUUGCAAGUUGGUCGGGUGAUGGAAGUCACAAAUCAGGUCGCUCCAUACCUUUUCUCACAAGAUCUGGAGUUGAGAAAACCGGAAGCAAUAUUAGAAAACUGCUGCUAUAUGUUUCGUUAGCUUGUUACGCUUACCAUUUUCUUUUGCUAUAAUGAUAUAUAAACAAACAAAAAAAUAAAAUAAAAACAUACAAAAACUACAUAGAAUAAUAAUUUAAAAACAAGCAUGUAAGAGAAAUCUUAUCUGUGGAAUCAAAUCGGUGUCGUGACCUUAUUUGACGGUGAGGCGUUCCUCAAAUGAAAAAGCAAAUGA